AUGGCCGCUGCGGGCAGCAGCACCUGGUGCUGGCAAGCUAGUAUUUCUCUAUAUGCAGCACAAAUGAAGAGUGAAAGAGCCAAAGAGCACAUGGAAGAGCCAAAAAGGCAUACAGAUAGAAAUGAAAAGGUGCUGCUGGAUUCUGUGCCUGGGAGCGUGCACACUCACAUGAAAUCAGAGAGACUCAGAAGCCUUGUCACACCAGUAUUGUAUCACAGGGAUAUGAUGGCUUCCUCUGAAGAAGCUCUUAACAAUUUUCCUGAGGCAGGGGCUACGGUGCGGUGCACCAGGUGCAGUGCCCAGGCCCUGGCUGGCAGCGGGGCCUGCAGGGGCGGCCCCUGUGAGGGGAGGCCGGGGCUGCCCCGGGCCGGACACGGCCGGUUCCAGCCGGCUCCAACCAGCCCACGCACGGCAGGCCAAGAGGGGGCGGCGCCUCCGGGAAAGCCCGUGUCGGAAAGGGCAAAAAAUGCCAGCCGGGCAGAGAGGAGCCAGGAAAAAUGCGUGACAGACAGCCCUGCAGGCGCCAAGGGGACUGCUAGAGGGGUACCUCAGCAGUGCUGGACAGAAGAGGAGGUGGAGUUAUUGAGCAAGUUGGAUAAACAGUAUGAGGGAAGUAAAAACAUCAAUAAGUUGAUUGCAGAACAUACUCUGUCGAAAACAACGAAACUGGUAAGUGAUAAGAGAAGGGGUCUUCAUAAGACUCUGGUGAAAAGAAGGGAAAAAGAUCAAGAUUGGACAAAACAUCUAGAAAAAGAGUGGGAACGUUUUGUGAACAUUGGACCACAGGUGGAAGAAGGACUGAGGUCCCAUUAUCGAAGGGUGAUUUCUGAAUGGGUAGCAUCUGAAAAACUGCCCAUUCUUCGGGGAACUUUUGAAAAGUGGCUGUUUUACCUGGAUAGAGGGAAUCUUGCUGGUAUUAUCCUGGGUGAUGUGGCAUCCCUGAAGUGCGGUAUCGCACAGGAUGAAGUGUGCAAGGUGCUCAAGUUGAGAUGGGAAUUGCUGGGAACAUUCAAGGGCCCAGGUGCUUUCAGAACCAUCAGUCAAGUGGACAACUUGGCAUUUGAAGCCAUGAUCACGGCGAAAGAAAUGUCUAAAAAUAUCAGAGAGAUGAGUAAGAAUGCAGUGCCGGGACCUGAUGGACUAAGUUUGAGGGACAUCAUUAAGAUAGAUCUUCACUUUACUCAGUUAAUGGAGUUAUUCAAUCUAUCGUCUGUACCUGGGAUUGUACUGGACAUGGUAAAAGAAUGUUGGACUGUGUUAGUAUCAAAAUCAUCCUUACUAGAGCACCAGAAUGACAUCAACAAUUGGUGACCAAUUACCACCAGAUCAACUAUCUUGAGGUUAUUCUCAAGGAUUCUGACAGCAAGGUUGACUAAGGCAUGACCCAUUAAUCCACGGCACAGGGGAUUUAUUAGAUCAUCAGGAUGUGCGGAAAAUCUAAAAUUACUACAACUUCUAAUUAGGAAUGCAAAGAAAGAACAUCAACCCCUAGGGGUAGUCUUCAUUGAUCUAGCCAAAGCCUUCAACACUGUGAGCCAUUCUCACAUACUUAUGGCUCUAAAACAAAAGGGUGUGGACAAUCAUAUUAUUACCCCGAUUACAAAGUUAUAUCAAAAUAUCAAUACUCGUAUUAACAUGAAGAAUGAUUAGUCAGAUCCCAUUGGGAUUUGGAUUGGUGUGAAACAAGGUGAUCCAAUGUCUCCAAUUUUAUUCAACUUAUCUGUGGACCCCCUAUUGUGCAAGUUGAAGGAAGAAGGAAACAGAUUCCAACACUGCUUGAAACUUAUAACAACUAUGGCUUUUGCAGAUGACUUAGUACUGUUGAGUGGAUCAUGGGAUGGAAUGCAGAAGAAUAUUAAAAUCUUAGAGGUCUUUUGUGAUCUAACAGGCCUCAAGACACAGGGGGAGAAAGGCCAUGGCUUUUACAUCCAACCUAUGAGACACUCAUAUACACUCAAUGACUGUCCUCCAUGGCUAAUCAAUGGCACCCCCCUUAAUAUGAUUGAACCAGGUAGCUCUGAAAAGUAG